AUGCCAACCACUUAUGUGCCAAUAAAUCAACCAAUUGAGGAUGGUGAAGAUGUCAUUGAUACGAAUCGAUUCACUAAUAUUCCAGAAACGCAAAAUUUCGACCAAUUUGUUACGAUUGAUAAGAUUGCAGAGGAAAAUAGACCAUUGUCUAUAGACUCCGAUAGGGACUUCCUUAAUUCAAAAUACCAGCAUUACCGAGAAGUUAUAUGGGAUCGUGCAAAAACAUUCAUCACAUUAAGUUCCACGGCCGUGAUUAUUGGCUGUAUAGCUGGUUUCCUCCAGGUCUUUACAGAAACUCUGGUUAAUUGGAAAACGGGUCAUUGUCAAAGAAACUGGUUACUUAAUAAAUCAUUCUGCUGUAACGGCGUGGUAAAUGAAGUUAGCUCCGUAAGUAAUUUAUUACUGAAAAGGCAAGAAUUCGAAUGCGAAGUGCAGGGGGUUUGGAUCGCCUGGAAGGGGCAUGUGUCGCCUUUCAUAAUUUUCAUGCUUUUGUCAAUCGUUUUUGCUCUAAUUAGCACGCUGUUAGUCAAAUAUGUUGCUCCUAUGGCUACUGGUUCAGGAAUCUCGGAAAUUAAGGUAUGGGUAUCGGGUUUUGAAUACAACAAGGAAUUUCUGGGUCUGUUAACAUUAGUCGUUAAAAGCGUUGCCCUUCCUUUGGCUAUCUCUUCGGGAUUAAGUGUAGGUAAAGAAGGGCCCUCCGUUCAUUAUGCAACCUGUUGUGGUUACUUACUUACCAAAUGGCUACUAAGAGACACUUUAACGUAUUCUACACAAUAUGAAUAUCUAACUGCAGCCAGUGGAGCAGGUGUUGCGGUUGCCUUUGGUGCCCCUAUUGGUGGCGUCCUUUUUGGUUUAGAAGAGAUUGCUUCUGCGAAUAGGUUCAACUCUUCUACUUUGUGGAAAUCUUAUUAUGUCGCUUUGGUUGCCAUAACUACUCUGAAGUACAUCGAUCCAUUCAGAAAUGGCAGAGUUAUUCUCUUCAAUGUAACAUAUGAUAGAGAUUGGAAAGUACAAGAGAUCCCGAUCUUUAUCGCCUUGGGGGUCUUUGGUGGUUUGUACGGGAAAUAUAUUAGUAAGUGGAAUAUCAACUUUAUUCAUUUUCGCAAAAUGUAUUUGUCUUCAUGGCCAGUUCAAGAAGUGCUUUUUUUGGCGACGCUUACUGCUUUAAUCUCUUACUUCAAUGAGUUCUUAAAAUUGGACAUGACAGAAAGUAUGGGUAUAUUGUUUCAUGAAUGUGUCAAAAACGACAACACCUCAACCUUUGGUCAUAGGUUAUGCCAGCUGGAUGAAAAUACACAUGCUUUUGAGUUUUUGAAAAUUUUUACUUCACUAUGCUUUGCUACUGUUAUCAGGGCUUUGUUGGUGGUGGUAUCGUAUGGCGCUAGAGUUCCUGCCGGAAUUUUUGUUCCUUCAAUGGCAGUCGGGGCCACAUUUGGACGCGCAGUAAGUUUACUGGUAGAGAGGUUUAUUAGCGGCCCUGCUGUUAUUACUCCAGGUGCUUAUGCAUUCUUAGGGGCAGCCGCUACCUUGAGCGGGAUAACUAACUUGACCUUAACUGUGGUGGUAAUAAUGUUCGAGCUGACGGGUGCUUUCAUGUAUAUCAUACCCGUUAUGAUCGUAGUGGCAAUAACAAGGAUAAUUUUAAGCACGUCGGGUAUUUCUGGUGGUAUUGCUGACCAAAUGAUUAUGGUUAAUGGCUUCCCUUAUUUGGAAGACGAGCAGGAAGAGGAAAACUUGGAAGAGUACACUGCAGAGCAGCUUAUGUCCUCCAAAUUAAUUACUAUCAAUGAAACCAUUUACCUUUCCGAACUUGAAUCUUUAUUGUACGAUUCAGCGUCUGAAUUUUCUGUGCAUGGUUUUCCAAUAACUAAAGAUGAGGAUAAGUUUGAGAAGGAAAAAAGAUGUAUUGGCUAUGUUCUAAAAAGGCACCUAGCCAGUAAAAUAAUGAUGCAAAGCGUAAAUAGUACCAAAGCUCAAACAACAUUGGUAUACUUCAAUAAAUCUAACGAAGAGUUAGGUCAUCGUGAAAACUGCAUCGGAUUUAAGGAUAUUCUGAAUGCAUCGCCAAUCACGGUGAAGCGGGAGGUACCAGUGACAUUGUUGUUCCGUAUGUUUAAAGAGCUAGGUUGUAAAACUAUCAUCGUUGAAGAAAGUGGAAUAUUAAAGGGUUUGAUCACCGCCAAGGAUAUCUUGAGGUUCAAAAGAAUAAAGUAUCGUGAAGUACACGGUGCGAAAUUCACAUAUAAUGAAGCACUUGAUAGAAGAUGUUGGUCAGUUAUCCAUUUUAUAAUCAAAAGAUUUUCCCCUAAUCGAAAUGAUAACAUUAUAUAA